GUUGACUAUGCGAUUCUCACGUCCUUCAACUAAAGGUUCGUAUGGUCCGAAACGCGAACUCGUCGUGAGCACCCAACACCGACUUUCCUUAAAAUGGUUGGAAAUCAAUCAGUAACAAUAAAACGAUUAUAAAUCGAGGUAGCAGGUAAUCUAACGACAACAAGUAAUCAGCUACCUUAUCUUUUUUAUAUAAGUGCUUAUGCGAUGCUCGAAAUUGGAAGCCACUAAUGUCACUAACGACAUUUUAUUCUCUCAAUAAACAUGCCUCGAAAUACUAGCUCUACACCUGAUAAAUCCGGUCGAUGGAUCGUUUCUAAAUUUGGUGGUCCGGAUGUCUUGAAAUGGGACAGUUGGGAUCCAUUUGCUGAGACGCUACCAGCCGAUCAUGUUAUCGUGCGAAUUAUAACAGCUGGUAUUGCUGGAACAGACAAUAUUCAACGCGUGGGAGGUUAUCCUGACCCUCGUUGUUCGAAGCCAGGAUUUACGUUAGGGUAUGAUUUCAUCGGCGAAGUUGUCGCUCUAGGCUCUGAGGCGUCGAAGAGAAACCCCUUAUCCGUGGGUGAUCGCGUCACGGCUAUGGAUGGAAUCGGUGCCCACGCAACUCAUAUCAUAUUACCCGCGGCUGAGCUCAUUCGCGUUGAGAAAACCGAUGAUCCGGUCAAAUUCUGUGCCAUCCCGCUCAACUAUUCCACGGCAUUCGGAAUGCUGAAGCGGGCUGUAACCAACCUCGUCCCCGGAUCAAGCAUCUUGAUCGGCUCUGCUAGCGGAGGUGUAGGCACAGCGGUAGCGGAAUUGGUGAAUGCAUUUAAGAUGGACCUUAAGAUGAUCGGAACUUGUUCGCCGUCGAAAUUCGACUAUAUCAAAUCCUUGGGGGUGAUUCCGGUCGAUCGCCGUGCGCCCGAUCUCGUAAACCAAGUCAGAGCCCUCACUGGAGGUGAAGGGGUAGAUGUGGCCUACGACGCUGUGGGUAGCGAUGAAAGCAUCCAGAAGAGUCUUCAAGCGACGAAGAAAGACGUCGGGCAAGUCAUAGUUAUCGGUGCCAUGUCGGAGAUCGCUGUUGAUGGAUCUGGAGUGCGGCAACAGGAGGCUGAUCUUCACACUCUACUCCAGCAGCGGUUACAGUCAAGAGUGGCAUUUUGGAGCGUCAUUAGCAACUACAAGGUGGCACAGCCGAAGUUAUGGCAUGGAGACUUGCAGAGAGUGUUUGAAAAGGUUCGAAGCGGAGAGCUAUCGCCAACAAUUGCGAAGCUAUUCCGACUCAGGGACGCUGUAAAGGCUCACGAGACCCUUAUAUCAGGCACAGAUGUGAAGGGUAAGAUGUUGUUCAUUGUCGAUGAAGAUCUUGCUACGCAGCACGGCCUGUAAAUCAGCCGGCUCGUCCUGCUUACUAGAGACACGUAAGUUAGCCAUUUCUAAAUAAAUUCAUAAAGAACAGCCAGCAACUACGGUUUGGCUAGGUAAAUAGCAAUUCAAAACUAUCAUGCCAACUACUUAGUCUCAACAGUCUCACUGAACUAAAUUAUAUAAGGUACCGUUAUAAAGGAAAUGUCAGAAGACACUCGAUAAGCAUAGUCUCUUGAGCAUGUUACGAUA